AUGGAAGGAAGAACUAUUGCACUAACAGAAUGAGAAAUAGCAGGAGAAAAAAUAAUUAACCAGAACGUAUUUAGCUUAGCUCGACAUGGAAAAAGAAAAGAACUUGAAGAUUUGUUUAAAGGUGGAAUCGAUCCGGAUUCACUUGAUAGAAAUGGAAAUACGCUGUUUAUUAUUGCAUGCCAAAAUAACCAUAAAAGUAUUGCUAAGCUUUGCUUGAGAUAUGGGGCUAAUAUAAAUUGAAGGAAUAAUUUUGAUAAGACUGGGAAGUUUUAUGCGAAACUUUUCGGAUACACAGCUUUAUAUGAGUAUUUGUCUGGUAAAGGCGCUGAGGAAUAA